AUGAUUCUCUCCAAGUGGCUGGCCACUCUUCUGAGCGGUGCUCUUGCCGUCAAGGGUGCCCUCGCGAUUACUGUGAACAUCGACGAUGAGAGCUCCCUCAAAGCUGCGGCCAAGACGGUCGCUACCGACAUGAUGAAAUUCUACGCCGACCGCGAUUCCAAGAACAUCCCCGGUAAAAUGGACGGAACCUGGUGGGAGGGUGGCUCCAUGUUCAUGACACUCAUUCUGUACUGGUUCAUGACCGGUGACACCCAAUUCACCGCUACCGUCCAGGAAGGCAUGUACUGGCAAAAGGGCGACGACAACUUCUUUCCCAGCAAUUACAGUCAAUACCUUGGUAACGAUGAUCAAGUAUUCUGGGGUCUUGCUGCCAUUACAGCUGCCGAAUUCAACUACCCCGAGCUCGACGGAGAGCCGUCUUGGGUCUCGCUCGCUCAGGGUGUGUUCAACACGCAAUAUCCUCGAUGGGAUACUAGCAGCUGCCACGGUGGUAUGCGCUGGCAGAUUUGGCCGUACCAGGAUGGUUAUUUGACUAAGAACGCGAUUUCGAACGGAGGAUUGUUCCAGCUGUCCGCCCGUCUUGCUCUCUACACCGGAAACAAGACAUAUGCCGAAUGGGCCGAGCGCAUUUGGGAUUGGAGUGCCACCACUCCGCUGCUCAAGCAGAAGAAUUGGAAUAUUGCCGACACCACCACUUGCGGCACGCAGUGCACGGAUCACGGUGAUUUCCAAUGGACCUACAACUAUGCUACCUACAUCAGCGGUGCUGCGUACAUGCACAACUACACCAAUGGCACUGAGACCAAGUGGAAGGAAGGUGUCGAGGGUCUGAUCAAAACCUCCCAGCAAUUUUACCCAGCCUCUGGCAAUGGCCAGAUUCUAUCAGAUAUCACCUGUGAGCCUCUCGGGAACUGCGAUCGUAACCAGAUCACUUUCAAGGCUUACUUCAGCAAUUGGCUCGGCAUGCUGACGACUAUCGUCCCCGGUACCUAUGAUCUGAUCUUCCCCCAGCUACGGACAUCCGCCCAGGCCGCCGCCUUGCAAUGUUCGGGUGGUACAUCUGGUAACCUGUGUGGUAUCCGUUGGACCAAACAAGCCGAGUGGGACAAGUCCAGUGGACUGGAACAACAAAUGGCCGUACUAGGUGUGCUGUCUGCAAACCUGAUCCCCUUCAAGAACAAGGCGCCCUACAGUUCCGAGACGGGUGGUACCUCCAAGAGUAACCCGAAUGCCGGCACCAACUCCUCGGACAAUGCGAUCCCUGUAUUGAACACCAUCGGUACCGGUGACAAAGCCGGUGCGGGUGUCUUGACCGUCAUUUUCGUCACUGGAUGGGCUGUCGCCGUCACCUGGAUGAUCCGCGGUGGUUAA